ACGGAAACAGAGAAAGUGGACGUCAGCGUUGCAUUAGUGUUGGAUACUAAGUUUUGUAAAUAUAAUUUAUUUGCCUGAUAGCACAGGGGUACAGAAGCACAGCACAGCUCAAUUUUCGAUUUUUCAGUCUAUGGAUUUUCUGCAGCUGCUAUCAUGUGCGUGCAUCAUAUUCACCGUCGGGAUGUUCACGACGGGAUUGACAGACUUGAAGAAAAUGAAGGCCACACAGUGUUCAGAUAACGUUCAGUUUCUGCCCUUCCUUACCACAUGCUUAAAUAAUCUAGGUUGGCUUUACUAUGGAUUACUGAAGGGAGAUGGAACAGUGAUUAUUGUAAACGUCAUUGGGGCAACUUUACAGACCUUAUACAUCAUCACCUAUUGUCAUUAUACCAAAGAGAAGAGGCGAGUGUUCUCACAGACACUGGUGAUGGUGAUUGUGCUGUGUGUGGGCUGGGUGUAUUUUACUAUGGUGAUUCCUCCUGGAGAAGCUCAACUGUCUCAGCUGGGCCUCGCCUGCAGUGUGUUCACCAUCAGCAUGUACCUCUCUCCGCUCACUGAUCUUUUGGAUAUUAUGCGAACGAGGUCUGUGGAGCGGUUGUCUUUUUCCCUGACUGUUGCUACGUUCUUCACAUCGACAUCAUGGACGCUGUAUGGCCUUCAGCUCCAAGACUAUUAUAUCAUGGUACCCAACACCCCUGGUAUCUUUACUAGCCUCAUCCGCUUCUUCCUUUUCUGGUGGUUUGGAGCUGUCAUUACAAACAAGCCCACCUAUAAACUCAUCCAAGUCUGAGAGGGAAUUUACAUUGAAUCUAAUUAAGUGCCUUCGCCACUUUCUGUUAUCCAAGCCAGAAGAGCUUCUUGGCUUUUUUUUUUUUUUUGGUAUCAGACUAUCAUGAUACCUUCUGAACUCAAACAUCUAGUGAAACUGCCACUGUAAAUUCUGUGAUGACUAUUUUCACUUUAUCUUUGUCUUUAGUUAAAGGGAUAGUUUAGCAAAAAAAAAAAAAAAAUGAUAUUGCUGGUACCAUUUACUGUCAUGUUGUUGUUCCAAAUCUUUCUUUCAUCAGUGGAACAUAAAAGAAGAUAUAGACAUUGGAAGUCAAUGGUAACCAAAACUGUUUGGCUACCAACAUUCUUCAGAAUUUAUUCUUUAUUUUUCCACAGACGAAAUAAAGUAAUACAGGCUUGGAACAACAUGAGGGUAAGUAAAUGAUGACUUGAAUGAUGAGAUCUUUUUUUUUAAUGAAAUAUAAAGUGAAAUAUCUCUUUAAUUAAAGGAAUGUUACUCCCCACCCCAAAACAAAAAUCUGAAUGUACCUAUUAUUCCAAUCCUGUAUUUCUUUAUUUCUGAUCCCAAAAAGAGGACAGUGUUUUUUCCCAUGCAAUUUCAAAGAAUUGGUACUGGAGCUUUUAGUUCGAUCCUGGAUCAUACAUAUGAUGGAUCCGGUUCUUAAGCUCACUAAGAUUAUCAGACUAUCUUAUAUCGUUUAGAUCUAUUUUUUUAAUACAUUUAUGACUUGAAAGUUCCUGUACCUAUUCUUUGUAGUUGGAUGGAAAAUAAUCUCCUCAGAAUUUCUUUGUGCUGCCUGGAAGUGUCCUCAGACUUUGAAAGAAAAUAAAGUCAUACAGGUUUGGAACAACAUGAGGACGAGUAAAUAAUGGCAGACGGUACAUUCAUUUCUGGUACAUUUUUAAAUUGAAAAUGAGUGAAAGUGUUGGUUGAUCCUUAUUUGGAUGAGGAUUCUCUGAGUUUGUUUGGCAGGUAUUUCUUAGUUAAUAAGUGUUGAAAGCUGCAAACAUGACACACCCCAAAACAUGAGCUCAAACAUUUCCUGUUGUAGCCCUUUCUUUUGAUACGAUGUGUUAAUAUUAAGCAGGUGUCUUUUUGUAUCUUGGGUAGGCUACAUACAGUUCUGAGUGGCCUUUUGGAAACUGUCACAUUAAAUACAGUACAUGUAGUGUUUACAGAAUCGCUCAUUAAUCAUAGACUACCUUAUUAUAAUAUUAUUCUUAAUUGUGUCCAAAUGGCAGUUUGGCAGCUAUUUAAUCCCGCGCGUCUAACUCCAAAUGAAACUUUGUGUAGAAACAGAACAUUUGUCUGACUGAAUGCCGUUGGAUUAAGAAUAUCUGUCUCAGAGAUUACAGGAAAUAGGAAAUCUUGCACACAUCUGUUCAGUGUUCACAGUUCUUGUUUUGUAGUUGAAAGCUCUUUUUCUCUAAUCGUUCUCACUGUCAGAGCACCAUAUACUUUACAAUAAGCCUUCAGAGAACACCAAAGUCGCACAAAAUCUGAUGGCUUUAAUCAUGUGAGUUGUGGUGACAGGCAGGAUAUGGAGAAGAAUAAUUGUCUAAUUCACUAAAUUACAUAUUCGUAUCCCAUUAGAUGUUGAGAUGAAAAUCGUAUGCAGUCCAUGUUGUCUUGCAUAUGGUAAACAGGUUUGGUCUGUGACGGGAAAUAACUCUGGGUCUUACUGUACAUCAUUCGGUAGUCUUUUCAAGUCUUCAAGACUUUGGCUUUGUGAAUAAAAAUGGUCAUUAUGUUGAUUUUUAUACUUGUUGUAUUGUUUAUGGCUUCUGUGUUGUAUGGUUUUACAUUAAUCUGAAAUGUCUUUGUUUCUUUGUACUAUUUUAUAUCCUAUGCAACGUUGUAUAUUACAUCAGAGGGGAUUUGGGGUGAUGUUCUUUCUGUGUUGUUUCUGUGGGGCAAAAUGGCUCAAAUAAAUUUUUAUAUAACAUAGCCUUCUAUAUUUGGUUGAGACUGCGAGAAGAAGUUAUGAGAGCUUAGCAGGGGAAUGUGAGAGGAUUUUGUUCUGGUCUCAAAGAGGAUCAGCACUGAUUGUGAGCAAUGAAAACUAAAAUACAAAAGCCGAGGCGUAACGCGUACUGAUAGACAUUUUAAUUUCUGUGGGAAAUAACAGCACUUUUAUCUCCCGCUAUUAGGUGUUUGGUUUUGUAGAGCUCUCUGUGUUUUUGAGUGUGUGUGUUGUUUGCAGUUGGCCUUGGUUAACAUGAGCGAGUGAGAACCAUGUGUUUGCUGUUUCUCAGUGCCUGUAUGGAGUCUUUACAUGUUUUUCCUGCCUGCCUCUCAGAGAAAGACAUGAAAGGGGGAAAGGAUUGUGGCUGGUGAUUGUUCAUCAGGAGAGUGUGUUUUUGAAAGAAUUAGUGUUUGGCAAACCUCUUUUGUGAGAGAAACAAUGAUGACUAUGGCAGUCUCACGCAUGAAGACAAAAGCACUUUUUAGUCUUCAGCCAUGUUUGUCUAAAUGCUUUUUGUGUAAAUGUUAACAUGUAAGAAGAUUAGUGGUUUUCAAACCAAAAUGGGUCAUGUCCAUUCUGCUGUGAUAGUGAGAGGGUCACAGACAGCGGGGGAAAUGCAACAAACUAAUGUACAGUUUUGAUUGUAAAUAUAAAUAAGCUUGUCAAACAGUACCGGUCAAAGGGUUUUUAAUGGUCAAGUUCGGUAUUUUACACUUAAAGCCCUGUUUUAAAAUCGUUUCUGAUGAAAUAGAAUGGUUAAGAUUGAAAUUUGGACACAUGCUGCUGGCCCGAGAAUUUUUGUUUUUUUGUGGUUGCACCCCCCUUUUGCAGCUAUUUUUGUAAACAUAUUAGCUUUUAAAAUGUUAUAUUGCAAUAGAAAACAGUUGAUUUAAAUUGUAAUAAUAUUUCACAGUGUUUUUUUUUUUUUUACUCUAUUUUUGUACGUAAACAGGCUUGGUGAGAUUAAGUGUCCAAACUUUUUACUAGUAGGCUACUGUAUAAUGUAGUAUAUAUAUAUUUUAGCAUUUUUUAAAACCAUCAACAAAACUGAGUUUUAUAUAAUGUCACAUGAUUACUGUUUUUACUGUAUUUACUUGUUUUAAAAAAUAAAUGUAGACCGGGUGAUAAGAGACUUUAAAGGGAUAGUUCACCCAAAAAUGAAUAUUCUGUCUUCAUUUAUAGUAUACACACCCUCUUCUAAACCUGUAUUGACUUCCAUAAUAUAAACAAAAAAAUUCUUUGGAAGUCAUUGGGGAUUGGAAACUGUUAAAACAUUCUUAAUAAUAUCUUCUUUUAAUUUCUGCAGAACAAAGAAAUAGGUUUGGAACAACAACUUGAGGGUGAGUAAAUUCAUUUUCAUUUUUGGGUGAACUGUGUGUUUAAAAAAUAUCUUACUGACCUUUUGAAUGAUGUGAUUUUUUUUCUAUUCAACCGAUGACAUGUUAAAAUUGUAGCAUAUUAUGUGGCCUAUACAGAUUAAACUAUUGUUUUAAGGGGUA